CUCGGACAUGACGACAGAGUGUCAACAUGCAAGAUGGCGGCUCAUCACCGACAGAACACGGCGGGGCGGCGGAAAGUGCAGGUCUCCUAUGUAAUUAGAGAUGAGGUGGAGAAGUACAAUCGGAAUGGGGUAAACGCACUGCAGCUUGACCCAGCGUUAAACAGACUUUUUACAGCAGGCCGAGACUCCAUCAUCAGGAUAUGGAGUGUCAACCAGCACAAGCAAGACCCUUAUAUAGCUUCUAUGGAACAUCAUACAGACUGGGUGAACGAUAUUGUACUCUGCUGCAAUGGCAAAACUUUGAUAUCUGCGUCAUCUGAUACUACUGUUAAAGUAUGGAAUGCCCAUAAGGGAUUCUGCAUGUCAACACUCCGGACCCAUAAGGAUUAUGUGAAAGCCCUGGCAUAUGCAAAAGAUAAAGAAUUGGUAGCAUCUGCUGGGCUGGACAGACAGAUAUUCCUCUGGGAUGUAAAUACACUAACAGCACUGACUGCCUCAAAUAACACUGUCACAACUUCUUCCCUUAGUGGGAACAAAGAUUCUAUCUACAGUCUUGCCAUGAAUCAAAUGGGAACAGUAAUUGUAUCAGGGUCCACUGAAAAGGUUUUAAGGGUAUGGGAUCCAAGAACUUGUGCAAAGCUUAUGAAACUUAAGGGACACACAGACAAUGUAAAAGCUUUGCUGUUGAACAGAGAUGGCACGCAGUGUCUUUCUGGCAGUUCUGAUGGAACGAUCAGACUUUGGUCACUUGGUCAGCAGAGGUGCAUAGCUACAUACAGAGUCCAUGAUGAAGGUGUAUGGGCGCUUCAGGUCAACGAAGCCUUCACUCACGUUUAUUCAGGUGGAAGAGACAGAAAGAUAUAUUGUACAGAUUUACGAAAUCCUGAUAUCCGGGUGCUCAUUUGUGAAGAAAAGGCACCAGUUCUUAAGAUGGAACUAGAUCGAUCAGCUGAUCCUCCUCCAGCACUUUGGGUUGCAACAACUAAGUCAUCUGUGAAUAAAUGGACUUUGAAGGGAAUUCACAACUUUAGAGCUUCAGGGGACUAUGACAACGACUGCACCAAUCCAAUCACACCCCUAUGUACACAGCCUGACCAAGUUAUUAAAGGGGGUGCUAGUAUUAUUCAGUGCCACAUUCUCAACGACAAAAGACACAUAUUAACCAAAGACACAAACAACAAUGUGGCAUACUGGGAUGUGUUGAAGGCAUGUAAAGUAGAAGACCUCGGGAAAGUGGACUUUGAGGAAGAAAUUAAGAAAAGGUUUAAAAUGGUCUAUGUGCCAAACUGGUUUUCAGUAGACUUAAAAACUGGGAUGUUGACCAUUACAUUAGAUGAGAGUGACUGCUUUGCAGCAUGGGUCUCUGCAAAAGAUGCUGGAUUUAGCAGUCCAGAUGGAUCUGAUCCAAAAUUGAACCUUGGAGGGCUUUUACUGCAGGCUCUCUUAGAGUAUUGGCCUAGAACACACAUCAAUCCUAUGGAUGAAGAAGAAAAUGAAAUGAACCAUGUGAACGGUGAGCAGGAGAACAGAGUACAGAAAGGAAAUGGAUACUUCCAGGUGCCACCACACACGCCAGUUAUUUUUGGUGAAGCUGGAGGACGCACUUUGUUCAGGUUGUUAUGUCGGGAUUCCGGUGGUGAAACUGAAUCCAUGCUCCUUAACGAAACUGUGCCACAAUGGGUAAUUGACAUCACUGUGGAUAAAAAUAUGCCAAAAUUCAAUAAGAUUCCCUUCUACCUCCAACCUCAUUCCUCUUCGGGAGCAAAAACAUUAAAGAAGGAUCGUUUGUCAGCCAGUGACAUGUUGCAAGUCAGGAAGGUGAUGGAGCAUGUUUAUGAAAAAAUAAUAAAUCUGGACAAUGAAUCACAGACAACUAGCUCUUCCAAUAAUGAAAAAGCUGGGGAACAAGAAAAAGAGGAAGACAUUGCAGUUCUAGCAGAGGAGAAAAUUGAACUCUUGUGCCAGGACCAGGUUUUGGAUCCAAAUAUGGACCUUCGAACUGUCAAGCACUUCAUAUGGAAGAGUGGUGGUGACUUGACUCUCCACUACCGCCAGAAGUCUACGUGAGCCAAGUGGUGGACCCAGCCGGCUAUUAACUUACUUGAGCUUCCUGUACUGGUUCCAGCUGUAGUGCUCUAGAAGCCCACUGAAACCCUAAGGUAGAUCUGACACUUCUAAUGCCUCAGUGCGGACAGAGUCUACUUGAAUUGAAGUGACUAAUAAAUCUGUAAUAUAGACAAAUCUGUAUGACCUAAACUAAAGUCUGUCCUUAUCAAGGUUCAAGUGAGAAUGACAUGAAAAGCCCUUGAGUGGUUCCUGUUAUGAGGUGUACAGAGACCAGAAGACCCAGUACAGAUGUAUGUGGGGUUCUAUUUCAGUUUUUAUUUCCAAGAUUAUCAUACCUUCAUCUGCUCAAGCUUGAUAUGUAAACUACUUCCUCAGCCCUGCUGCUAACUCGUUCACAGUGUAAAAACUGCAUGUGCUGUACUUGGUUAAUACAUUCCAUGUAGUAAAUUUUGGCCACUUCUCAAGACAAAUCUACUUAAAGAAAACUCUGUUGUACAGUUGAGUAGAACAGUCUCUGUGACAUAAGUUGAAGGGGGUUAACUCCCUUUCAGCCGUGACUUUGUAAGAAACCAUUUUGGUACGUGGAGUAGAAAUUGUGUGAUUACAGGGUCAGUACAAUGGUGCAGUGCAUCAUGAUGGAAUAUUUCAACACCUUUAACUAGACUUUUAAAAAUGUAACUUCUAUAGUCCAAUUUUUUUCGUAAGAUGGCACACUGGUCACAAUUCCAAUCGUGCUUUACAUGUGACAUCUUGGCAAACUCUAGAAACUUUGCAGUAAAUACCAUAGUUGUGAUAGCAAAAAGGACUUGCAGGUUUUCCUCCAAUGGUUUUUAUAUGCGUUUUUGGAUAUUUUCGUUGAUGUCGUAAGCUGUAUACAGCUCAAUUUUCUUUCCCACUGUUUCUAAAAACAUUUUGCAGCUUUUUCAUAUUCUCAUUAGAGUCUUGUAGAAUCUAACUUAUUGUAGGAGAGGGAAUGCUUCCAUGUCUGAGUAAGAAAAGCUGAGUUUGAAUCCAGUGUUUAACCGGAACACAAACAUCCUGAUGACAAGAUAGUGUAAAAUGGUUCUUAUUUGAAACAGAAGCACAAGUGCCUUUCUAAGAGGCAGUAACGUUGAUUUCUUCCCCCUAUCUCACCAUCCAAAGAGAUGACCAUUCUUAUCUUCCUUAGUAGCUGCUGGAUCUAAGCUAUGGCUAACAGACCACCUUGGGUAUGCUGAACUGGAGGGAGAAUUGAUUGAACACCCUGAUUCCAACACUGCCUUUGCAGCAUGGGAGUGGCUUCCGCAACUUGGGUAGUCAAGCACCAUGCGUGCAGGUGGGAUGAUAGAACUUGACCUAGCGGCUGGCAGUGCCAGUGUGGGCAAGUAAUCCAGAAAUAAGUUGUGCCAAACAUGACAAAGAGGAAAAUAUUCAAAGAUGCUGCAGAAAACUAGCUUUAUUUUCAAAAAUAGCCCAAUGCAUUUUGGGUUUUUUUUUGGGGGGGGGGGUCUUUCUGUCUCUCUCUAACCCAAAGGAGUUUUCCUUUUUCAAGAGAGAGUGGUUUGUUUUUUCACUGACACAAAAUAAGAAACAUGACAGCACUUUGGGGAUAUUUUUCUCUUGGUUUUUGUUUUGGUGUGGAAAGCAUAGUGCUUGUUAUACGCACUACCUAGAUUGUCAGAGCAGCUGCCCUGCUGCAAGAGUAAAUUUGGAUUGGCAUUAAACCGUUGAGCCACCUGUGCUCUAGAUGAAACAGGUCCCCACUAGCAUGAGUUCUAGUUCAGAAUGAAGCUCGCAUGCAUCUUUCACAUCAUCCCAUUUGUGUGUGCAGAAGGCCAAUUUGCCACAUCUGUGCUACGUUGUACACUUUAGUGAAGUUGUUGAAUUCAUUGGUUAAACUGAACUGUAAGUUGUUCUUAUUGUAUUCCUUAUUAGACCCUAAUUCUGAAUUUUGUGCUCUCCUUCAUGUCUCUAUUGAAAGUAAUUUUAAAUCUGCCCUGUUCCCUUCCAUUUUUAAAAAAAUCAGCCAAGAUACUGAACUUUAUUUUCUACAAUCCAAGUAAUGUAGUUUCAGGAAAGAUUGACAGGGGGCCUGCAAUGCCAAAAGGACAAAUAUGUAUUUCACAAUUGUAUAGAAAUAAAAAAAACUUUAGCUAACAA